AUGAACUACGAAUUUAAAGAUGGCCUCGAGUUCGCUCAGUUCUUGGACAAUAAUGACUGUCUUGGGUACCUCCGUAAAAAAUUCUAUAUUAAAAAUAACUCAAUUUACAUGUGCGGAAAUUCAUUGGGCUUAGCUUCGAAGGACUCCGAAGAAACAACAAUACAAGUCCUUGAACAAUGGAAAAAAGAAGGAGUCAAGAUUUGGAAUGUAGAUAACAACAAGUUUUACAUGUAUUCUAUGCAUUUAGCAAAACUUAUGGCGCCAUUAUUUGGAGCAGAUCACGACGAAGUCGCCAUUGUAUCAUCAACAACAGUCAACAUCCAUCAACUCGUCAGCACGUUCUACAAGCCCACUAAGGAGCGCUAUAGGAUAUUACAAGAUGACAUCAACUUCCCUACAGACAGAUACGCCGUAGAUAGUCAAGUGAGAUUAAAGGGUUACGAUCCAGAGGAUGCAGUAAAAAUAGUAAAACGAAAUGGAAAAUAUCUUAACGAAGACGAUGUGAUAGAGGCGAUGACAGAUGACGUAGCGAUUCUGUUACUUCCCACUGUUUACUACAGAACAGCACAAGUUCUGGAUAUGAAGAAAGUCACAGAAGCCGCAAAAAAGAAGGGUAUUAUUGUAGGGUGGGACAUGAGCCACGCGGCUGGUGUACUAGAAGUCAAUUUAAAAGAACUUAAUGUAGAUUUUGCUGUAUGGUGCACUUAUAAAUACUUAAACGGGGGUCCUGGAUCACCGGCGGCUCUGUACAUCAACAGAAAGCACUUUGACCUCCUGCCUGGCAUGGCCGGAUGGUUCGGGAACAGAUGCGAGACUCAGUUCAUGCUACGUCAGGAAUUCGACCACCGGAAGGACGCUGGGGGUUGGCAAAUAGGAACACCACAUUUAUUAUCCAUGGGAGCAUUAGAAGGGUCUCUAAAAAUAUUUUCAGACGUCGGUAUGACGGAAAUCAGAAAGAAAUCCUUGAAGAUUACAAAAUACUUGAUCGAUUUGAUCGACCAAAAAUUAACACGGUUCGGUUUUUCAGUGGGAAAUCCUCGAGAAGACAGUAAAGAGAGGGGGCAUGUGUGCUUAGAACACGGUGAAGGGUACAGGAUAUCAUUGGCGUUAAAGGCUCGUGGAGUAGUUCCGGACUUUCGAGACCCCAACGUGAUUAGACUCGCACCCACCGCCUUUUACACAAGCUACGAGGAUGUUUACAAAAUGGUGGAUAUUUUAAUAGACAUCGUUACGAACGAAACUUAUAAAGAGUUUAGUGUUAAACGAAAUCUUGUUGUGUGA